AUGGGAAGCGAGUGUUGCGGGGUAGUCAGGCGAGUGGGUGCUGGAGUGGACGAUCUCGAGAGCAUUGAGGUAGCACGCUGGCUGCUGCGGCAGGCGGGCCGGAAGGUGCUGUGCCUUUGGAUGCAGGGCGGGCUGUUCCGGCACGUGGUGCAGGUGCCGCGCGGCCACUGCUUCGCGCUGCCCGCCAGCGUCACCCUCAGCCAGGCCGCCGCGCUCGGCCUAGACUGCCUCGUCGCCUACCUCUGCCUGUUCGACCUGGGCAGGCUGCGCAAGGCGGGCGUCGUCUUCAUGCAGUCUCUCGCAGGUGGCGUGGGCACGGUCGUGGCGCAGCUGGCUCGGACGGUGCCGCUAGUCACAGUGCUGGGGACGGCCUCGGAGUCGAAGCACGACAAGCUGUGGCGCCUGGGGGUGAACGGCGUGUACCGCCACGAGGAGGACUACGUGGAGCGCAUCCUGAGCCUCUACCCUGAGGGCGUCGAUGUCGCCAUCGUCAGGAGUGGAGGGGCGGAGACCCAAAAAUUCCUGAGGCUGCUCAAGCCUUGCGGAAGACUGAUCACUAUCGGCUCGGACAGCACGGCUACAUACCCAAGAACUAUUACGAGGACACUGCAGAGACCAACUUGGGACACAAAAUACGUAUCUUCCGCUGAGUUAGUGAACAAGAAUGUUAUCGUGGCUGGUCUGAACGUUGGAGAUACGAUUAAGAAUCAUUCAUACGAUGUGCAAAUAAUGCUGGACAAUAUAUUUGACCUAUAUUUCCAGGAGAAGAUAAAACCUCAAAUUCAUUCCGUUUUACCAUUUGAGAAGAUGACGGACGGCCUCGAGCUGCUGUGCAGAAGGGAGAACUUCGGGAAGGUCCUGCUGGUCGUCCAGGACGAGUUGGACCAUCCGGGGGCGUUCGGCUGGCGGGUGCCCAGUCCCCCGAAACCUAUCCCCGGCGCCGUGACGUGGGACAGACUCCAGCGGAGGGUCGAGGCCAAAGAAAUCUGCAAGAGGAAGCUGGAGUACUGGGUGAGGCAAGGGGAGAUGGCAGCCGCUGAGGCGCUGGAGGAGACGGAGGAAGAGAAUGCUGGCGAUAAAGACGACGACUACUCUGCGUUCACGGAGCUGGAGGCGAGUGUGGCCGCAGAAAUGGUUAAAGCGAUCAGCGAGUCUGAAGCUGAAGGGAACGCGAGUUUCUGA